AUGAAACCGGCACAAUCAAGUGCAGAAGCAAUUUCUACACAACUGGACAACAACACGGGUGCGGUCAAACCAAUUUCAAUGCCCGCCCGACAAAUACGUUCGAGAUCUCGUGAACCAGAGGCUUCCGAAACAAAAGAGUUUAAAACGCAUUUCACUUUGAAUCCAGAUGUGAAAAACCAUCUAAAAUCCAUCGUACCAUUUGGUAAGUCAUAUCAACCGCAGUCCUAUUGUUCGCUACAAAGUUCGGACAACUCGUCUGGUGGUAAUAGUGGUGAUGGUGGUGGUGGUUCCAAUACUUCAUCGUCGUCGGCGGCGGCGGAUGCUUCAUUUGCGAGCUCGUCCAGUUCAAGUAGUUCAUCGUCUUCUUCGUUUUCCAGCUCGAACGCUCAAGCUGCACCAACUAAUCAACAACAGCAAGAAACAUCUGCAUUCCCUGCAUCAGCACCUGCCUCACAUUCAUCUGGCGAUGAUUCACUGCCCACCAACGCCGACUACUAUCCAAUCGCCGCAAGUGAAUCGCAAUCGAACAAUGACCUUAGCAGUGCAAACGAGCAAAACGAAAACCAAGAAGCCACAUCUGAUACCGGCAUUUUUGGCAGCCAUAAAAAGACAUGGGCAUACUUUAUGAAAGCACCAACACAUAUGAUGCAAAAAUGGCGCAAAUUUCAUGCGGAUUUAAGUGGACGUGGUGCUCUUUAUGGCAGCGACUAUUUUGCCAACGAAUCUUAA